ACAGAGAACCUUAAGCUUCCAAAAGUUUGGUUUGGGGGAGGGGGGAGGGGGAGAGAGAGAGAGAGAGGGAGGAGUGCAGGAAAAAGAGGAGUACUCAAAUUAUGGCAAGCUCAAGCAUGGCCGCAGCGGCCUCAAGCUUUGUGUUCACGUCCAACCGUUCCACCACCGCCGGCUCUUCGCCACGUUCCGACUCCAUCACCUUCUACAAGCCCAGCAAAAGACUUGUGGUUCGAGCUUUAGAGGCGGCGGCGCCGCCACCGCCUCCUGGAAAAGUAAAUGGACCCGAGAAGCCUGAUCCUGGAAAAGUAAACGGACCCGAGAAGCCCGAUCCAGGAAAAAUAAAUGGACCCGAGAAGCCCGCUCCCGGAAAAGUAAAUGGACCCGAGAAGCCAGCUCCUGGAAAAAUAAAUGGACCCGAGAAGCCCGCUCCCGGAAAAGUAAAUGGACCUGAGAAGCCUCCUUCUGCAAUACUAAAUGGACCCAAGGAGAAUGGACCAAAGAGGGGCGCAAAGGUGAAGAUCCUUAGGAAGGAGUCUUAUUGAUGUUCAGUUAAAUUAUGCAGGUGUGCUACAAAUAAAUUUGCCCUGGAUGAGAUCCAGGAAGUGAAAUGAGGUCAGUCAUGUACCAAUUCUGAAGUUUGUAUAAUAACAGUCCUAUGUGCACCUUUAUCUAUGAGUAAAUGAACUGAGUGUCAUUGUGCAUGUAUGAUCCAAUUUCACUAGAUUGUCCAUUAUUAUAACUGCUUGCCUUCUACCUUUCUAUAUUGCAUUAAUAACCAAAACUUCCUGGCAUAAAAGAAUUAUAUUGUUAUUUUUUUU